ACGAAGUCGUAUACAUGAACAUUUUUUGCGUACUAUCGUUCUGAAAACCUGAAUCUAAACGAGUAUCUUGAUCGCCAUGCUGUUUGCACUCGCAUUAUUGAGUUUGGUCCUAUUGUUGGCCUACAGAUUCUACCACAACACCUACACAUACUGGGCCAGAAUGGGAGUGCCCCAUGAGCGCCCUCUCCCGUUGAUUGGAAACAUGAAGGGUAUCGGAACGAAGUACCACUUACGCGACAUCAAUCAGAGGAUAUACGACAAGUUCAAGGGCAAGGCUGCCAUUGCGGGAAUGUUCCUGUUCUUCAAGCGAACCGCCAUGGUCACUGAUCUCGACCUCAUCAAGCAAGUGCUCAUCAAGGACUUCCAUCACUUUCAAGAUCGCGGCCUCUUCAACAACACUCGCGACGACCCCUUAACAGGACACCUUCUCACUUUGGAGGGCGAUGAGUGGAAAUCGAUGAGGCACAAGCUCACACCUGUCUUCACCUCCGGAAAAAUGAAGAAAAUGUCGGAAGUGGUUGUAGAGGUGGGUCAUCACCUGGUCGACGCCACGGAGAGGGCGGUGAAGGCGGGCGAAGUGGAGAACGGGGAUGUGGAAAUAAAGGAUCUCUGUGCCCGGUUCACCACGGAUGUCAUUGGAUCGUGUGCCUUUGGGCUGGAGUGCCACAGUCUUCAGGAUCCAAAUGCCGAAUUCCGUAAAAAGGGCCGCAUGGUCUUCGAGGAACCCCGUCAUUCUACGCUGAUCCAAAAUUUUAUAUUUACCAACGCCAAGUUGGCCCAAAAGUUGAGAAUGAAGGUUCUUCGCGAUGAUUUGACCGACUUCUUCAUGUCGGCAGUGAAGAACACCGUCGAUUAUCGCCUCAAGAACGGCAUAAAGCGGAACGACUUUAUGGACCAGUUAAUAGAGCUCCGAGCCGAGGACCAAGAAGCUGCCAAAAAGGGCCACGGUAUCGAUCUAUCCCACGGCCUGACCCUGGAGCAAAUGGCUGCCCAGGCCUUCGUCUUCUUCGUGGCUGGAUUUGAGACCUCCUCCAGUACGAUGGCAUUCUGCUUGUACGAACUAGCCCUGCAGCCGGAGAUCCAGAAUCAAGUAAGGGAUGAGAUAGAAAGGGUUCUGGAUGGAGGGACGAUUACCUACGACGCCUUAGCUGAAAUGACCUUUCUGGAACAGGUCUUGUCUGAAACUCUUCGCAAACAUCCUAUUAUCCCGCAACUCCUGCGGGAAACAAAUGAAAGCUAUAAGGUCCCCAAUACUGAGUUCACCAUUGAGAAGGGAACUACGUUGCUGAUACCUGUGCACAAUAUUCACCACGAUCAGGAUUUAUAUCCGCAACCAGAACUCUUCGAUCCCAGUCGUUUUGAGACUGACAAGUCGAAAUCCCGUCACCCAUUCGCAUAUCUGCCGUUCGGCGAUGGACCCCGCAAUUGCAUAGGUCUGCGUUUCGGCAAAAUGCAGGCCAAGAUCGGCAUUGUGUCCUUGCUUCAGCGCUUCAAGUUCGGCGUUUCAGAGUUAACAGAGAUCCCCCUAAUUUUGGACACUCGCAGCCCCACUUUGUCGGCCAAGAAUGGAAUUCAUCUUAAAGUUGAACGCAUAUAGACACGGAA